UGCUUUCAAAAAAUAAAUGUCUAUAUAAAGCUUUAAUGCAGAGAAUAAAAAAAAUUCCUGUUUUUCAUUAUGUUUCUGUACAAUUUUCAGGCAGGAAGCCCGACUUCAGUUACGGCACCAACUAGCUUUCCUCGGACAUCAGUGACUCCCUCAAGUCAAGAUAUUUGCAGUUCCAGUGCUGUAUUUUCUGAAUGUUGUCAUCAAAGUCCAGUGCAGUCUGCUGUUGUGUUGAAAAACCCCAAAUUCCAGAGUUCUAAAUCACCAGGGGUCACUGUGACAAUAAUUUGUCAAGAUGGUUCCACGAAGGACCCUGCCAAUGCAAGGAACAGUGGCAACAUCAUCAAACCUUGUAAGGCCAAAUCUGCCUUUCCAUUCUCAAAAUCGCUGAAUGACGUGGACCAGAAAGCAGUGGAUUCAGCCAAGAAGUGCGAUUUUGUGGAAAGAACUAGUUCAGAGGGGAAAUUGCUGCUCGUGGAGGAUCAUCAGUUUUCAAAGAACAAAUUUCAGUUUCUAGAAAAAGGAACUAAUAUUCCUAGCCCUGUUGCUUUAAACAGCUCU